AUGAUCAUUAAGCACAACAUUCCAGAGGUUUUUAGGGGUACUAUAUCGGAAGAAAUAACUAAUGCCAAAGAUUUCCUUGUUGAGAUUGAAAAGCACUUUAAGAAAAACGAUAACGUGGAAACAAUUACUCUUCUUCAGAACUUGAUUUCCAUGAAGUAUCAAUGCAAAGGAAAUAUAAGGGAAUACAUUAUGAGCAUGUCAAAUAUUAUUUCAAAACUUAAGGCACUAAAGCUUGAGCUGACUGAAGAUUUGCUCAUUCAUUUAAUAUUACUUUCUCUUCCUUCAAAGUUUGGUCAAUUUAAGAUAUCUUAUAACUAUCAGAAGGAGAAAUGGUCUCUUAAUGAGUUCAUUUCAUUUUGCGUGCAAGAAGAGGAAAGGAUGAAACAGGAUAAUACAAAAAGUGCUCAUUUUGUUAGCACCUAUAAAGACAAGAGCAAAAGAAAGAAAAAUUAUAAGCCCAAGAAUGAAGUUGCAAGUGUUCCAGCAUAA